UAGGCAUGCAGACUGAUUCUACAAGCAUUUUUGAAAGAAUGGGUCGCUCUCAGGAGCUCAGUGAAUUCAAGCGUAGUACCGUGAUAGGUUGCCACUUGUGCAAUAAGUCCAUGUGUGAAAUUUCCUUGCUUCUAAACAUUCCACGAUCAACAGUUAGUUGUAUCAUAACAAAGUGGAAGCAACUGGGAACAACAGCAACUCAGCCACGAAGUAGUAAGCCACAGCAGUGGAGAUGUUCUCUGGAGUGACGAAUCACGCUUCUCUGUCUGGCAAUCUAGAACACCUUUGGAUAAAUUAGAGCAGAGACUGUGAGCCAGGCCUUCUCGCCUGACAUCAGU